AUGGCUGCUCCAUACAACCAGAACCAGUCGCAGCCCAUCUUCCCGGACAGCUAUGUCGGUUUCGACAGCAUCACCAAGCAGAUUGAGAGGAAGUCGGUGAAGCGGGGUUUCCAGUUCAAUGUCAUCUGCGUUGGACAGACUGGUCUCGGCAAGUCGACGCUCAUCAACACCCUCUUCGCCUCGCACCUCAUGGACAGCAAGGGUCGCUUCCAGCCCGACGAGGAGGUCCGCAGCACCACCAACAUCCACCCCGUCUCACACAUCAUCGAGGAAAACGGCGUCCGUCUGCGCCUCAACAUUGUCGACACGCCCGGUUACGGUGACCUGAUCAACAACGAGCGCUGCUGGGACCCCAUUGUCAAGUACAUCAAGGACCAGCACAGCGCCUACCUCCGCAAGGAACUCACCGCCCAGCGUGAGAGGUACCUCCAGGACACACGCAUCCACUGCUGCCUGUUCUUCAUCCAGCCAUCUGGCCACGCCCUCAAGCCCAUUGACAUUGUCGUCCUCAAGAAGCUGAGCGAGUUUGUCAACGUCGUACCCGUCAUCGCCAAGAGCGACAGCUUGACCCUCGAGGAGCGUGCCGAGUUCAAGCACAGGAUAAAGGAGGAAUUCCAGUUCCACAACCUGCGCAUGUACCCCUACGACAAUGAGGAGGAUGACAACGAGGAAGUCCAGGCAAAGCAGGCCAUCAAGGAGCUCCUUCCCUUUGCCGUUGUCGGCUCCGAGAGGACCGUUGUUGUCAAUGGCAAGAACGUCCGUGGCCGCCAGAACAAGUGGGGUAUCAUUAACGUCGAGGACGAGAACCACUGCGAAUUCGUCUACCUCCGUAACUUCCUCACCCGCACCCACUUGCAAGACCUGAUCGAGACGACCGCACAAAUCCACUACGAGUCGUUCCGCGCCAAGCAGCUGCUUGCCCUCAAGGAGAGCUCUCACCAGGGUCACUCCUCGCGUCCCAUCUCACCCGCUGCCGACCGCGAGCUUAGCAGGAGCAGCCAGCGCAUGACCAUGAACGGGUACUAG